GUGUUUGUGCCGAAACUUUCUCUCCGCUUUCCUCACUGCUGUCCCGGUCACGCCUCAAUUCAUUCUCACCCAAAAGCCCCAACAACCAAAGAUAGAGGUUUUCCCUGAAGUUUCCCUCCACCUUCCCCUGGACAGAUUUCCACUGUCAUCCUUUUAAACGGCUCAACCUGUUUAAUCCUGAGAGCUACCCACCACGGUUAUGGGGACGAAUCUGUGUUCAUAUUGUUCAACGCUUUUGGGCCUAAACAGGUGAGACAGGUGCAGUUUUCAUUUACACGCAGGAGAAAUUACCAGAAAGCGGCUUUAAUUAGAUUUAUAGGACACAGCACUGUAGGUGAGGAGAAUGGCCCAUGGCCGCUCAUAUGGACCGGCGUGCGGCAUGUGGACGAUGAAAUGACAAGCUACAGAAAUUUUGUCUAACAUUAGAUUUGUGGUCCGUCCCACACCGCGGAUCCCCUGAGGAGUUGAUGGUGGGCUAACUGAGUUACUGAGGUGAAGUCGUGGUAUUAAACAGCAGACAUGGAACAAAUUAAAAAAGCAGAGUCCCCCCCUGGGGAUGCUGGAAAAUCAGACACCCUCGGCUCAACUGGCUCGUCCAGAAAAAGAGGAGGGGGGGCCAAGAAGGCCAUGCAGGCGAACAAGUCUGCCCUCCGGGCCCCCCGAGCCCUCUGCUGCCUCACCCUGAGCAACCCCAUCCGCAUGGCAGCACUGGCCUUAGUGGAGUGGAAGCCUUUUGAUAUAUUCAUUCUGCUUGCCAUUUUUGCAAACUGUGUGGCCAUGGGGGUUACAAAACCUUAUCCAGAUGAUGACUCCAACCCUACCAAUCACAACCUGGAACAAGUGGAGUACGUCUUCCUCGUCAUCUUCACCAUCGAGACCUUCACCAAAAUUCUGGCCUAUGGCUUGGUCAUGCAUCCCAGCGCCUACAUACGCAGCGGCUGGAACUUACUUGAUUUCAUUAUCGUCAUUGUCGGGUUGUUCAGUGUGAUAGCAGAGGGGAUGACAGACCAUAAGCCAGGAGAGGCCCACCACGCUGCAGGAAAACCUGGAGGCCUGGAUGUCAAAGCUCUUCGAGCAUUCAGAGUGCUAAGGCCGCUCAGGCUGGUGUCUGGUGUACCAAGCUUGCAAAUUGUGUUGAACUCCAUCAUGAAAGCCAUGGUCCCCCUGCUCCACAUCGGUAUGCUGGUCAUGUUCGUCAUUAUCAUCUACGCCAUCAUUGGCUUGGAGCUUUUCAUCGGCAGGAUGCACAAGACAUGCUUCUACAUGGGCUCAGAGCUUAUGGUGGACGAUGACCCCACACCGUGUGCAUUUGCUGGAAACGGACGCUUCUGUGUGAUCAAUGGGACAGAGUGCAGGGGAAAAUGGGAAGGGCCCAACGGCGGGAUCACAAACUUUGACAAUAUUUUCUUUGCCAUGCUGACUGUUUUCCAGUGUAUCACCAUGGAAGGCUGGACAGACGUGCUCUACUGGAUGAAUGAUGCCAUUGGCUUUGAGAUUCCCUGGAUUUACUUUGUUUCCCUGGUCAUCUUUGGAUCAUUUUUCAUUAUCAACCUCGUAUUGGGUGUGUUGAGCGGAGAGUUCUCCAAGGAAAGAGAGAAGGCCGUUGCACGUGGCGAGCUACAGAAGGCCCAGGAGAGCAAGCAGAUGGAGGAGGACAUGAUAGGCUACAUGGACUGGCUCAUAGAGGCUGAGGAUGUGGAUGAAGAAGGAAACAAACGUGCUGCGAUUGCUAAGAAAAAGAUGAUGAAGAAGUUUGGCUGGUACAAACACAGUGAGGAUGGAGCGGAAUCAGACUCUGAUGACGACAUAGCAUAUCUCGAUGAUGACAACGGCUGCUGUGCUUCGCUCAUGGCGAAGAUGAUGGCCAAUAGUUUCUGUGACCAGUUGUGCCAGCUGAACCACACAUUUAGGAAAAAUUGCCGUGUGGCGGUCAAGACCACAAACUUCUACUGGUUGGUGCUCCUGCUGGUGUUCCUCAACACGGUGGCCAGUGCCUCAGAGCACUACGGACAGCCCAAGUGGCUCACAGAAAUGCAGGAGCGAGCCAAUAAGAUCCUGUUGCUGUUGUUUACUCUGGAGAUGUCAAUGAAGAUGUACGCCUUUGGGCUGCAGAUCUACUUCAUGGCAUUGUUCAACCGUUUCGAUUGCUUUGUGGUGUGCGGCGGCAUCCUGGAGACGCUGCUGGUCGAGCUGGAAGUCAUCCCGCCCAUCGGCAUCUCUGUGCUGCGCUGCAUCCGCCUGCUCAGGAUAUUCAAGAUGACCCGGCACUGGGCUGCCUUGUCUGACCUGGUCAACUCCCUGCUCAACUCGAUGAAAGCUAUCUGCUCCCUUCUGCUCCUGCUCUUCCUCUUCCUCAUCAUAUUCGCUCUGCUGGGCAUGCAGUUGUUUGGAGGCAAAUUCAACUUUGAUGAGACUCAGAUGAAGAGGAGUACUUUUGACUCCUUCCCACAGGCUCUGCUCACAUGUUUCCAGAUCCUCACUGGAGAAGACUGGAACGCUGUGAUGUAUGACGGCAUCAUGGCCUACGGAGGCCCGGUCUUCCCAAACAUGGUGGUGUGCAUCUACUUUGUCAUCCUGUUUGUCUGCGGUAACUACAUCCUGCUAAACGUCUUCUUGGCUAUCGCUGUGGACAACUUGGCAGGAGGAGGCGGAAAGAAAAAAGUCGAGGAGAAAAAGGAAGAGGAAGAGGAGUGGGACGAUGAUGAGGAGAAAGAGGAUGAAGAUGCAGGGAAUGAUGAAGACGACUGGCAGGAGAAUGAGGAGCUGAGGGCCAUUGAGGGGCUGGAGGGAGUUGCUCCAUUAAAGCCCGAAUUCUCAGGACCCAAAGAGAAAAUUGUCCCGAUCCCUGAUGGAAGCUCAUUCUUCAUCCUUGGGAAGAAAAACUGCUUGCGAGUGGCCUGCCACAACCUCAUCCAUCACCCCUAUUUCACCAAUUUCAUCCUCAUCUUCAUCAUCCUCAGUAGUAUCUCCCUGGCAGCUGAAGAUCCAAUCAAAUCCCACUCAUUCAGGAACAUUGUGCUCGGUUAUGCUGAUUAUGUGUUCACCUCAGUGUUCACAGUGGAGAUCAUACUAAAGAUGACAGUCUAUGGAGCGUUUCUGCACACCGGCUCCUUCUGCAGAAAUGCCUUCAACCUUCUUGACCUGCUGGUUGUCAGCGUUUCCCUCAUGUCCUUCUUCCUCCACUCAAGUGCAAUUUCUGUGGUGAAGAUUCUGCGUGUGCUUCGAGUGCUCAGGCCUCUUCGAGCCAUCAACAGAGCUAAGGGACUCAAGAACGUUGUGCAGUGUGUGUUUGUGGCGAUCCGCACCAUCGGCAACAUCCUGAUUGUCACAACGCUCCUCCAGUUCAUGUUUGCUUGUAUUGGAGUGCAGCUCUUCAAGGGCAGAUUUUAUAGCUGCACAGAUGAAGCUAAACAUACACCUGAUGAGUGCAAGGGAACCUUUGUGGUCUAUAAAGACGGUGAUAUGAACCAUCCCGUGGUGAGAGAGAGGAUCUGGCAAAACAGUGACUUCAACUUUGACAAUGUGCUGAUGGGCAUGCUGGCCCUGUUUACCGUGUCAACAUUUGAAGGCUGGCCACAGCUCCUUUACAAGGCCGUGGAUGCAAACGCCAUAAACCGAGGCCCCAUUUACAACUACCGAGUUGAAAUCUCCAUCUUUUUCAUCAUCUACAUCAUCAUCAUUGCCUUCUUCAUGAUGAACAUUUUUGUGGGUUUUGUCAUCAUCACGUUUCGAGAGCAAGGAGAGGCCGAGUUCAAAAACUGUGAACUGAACAAAAAUCAACGACAAUGUGUGUACUACGCACUGAAAGCUCAGCCUAUAAAAAUUUACAUCCCCAAAAACCCGUCCCAGCUCAAAUUCUGGAAGAUCAUCAACUCCAGCCAGUUUGAGUACGUCAUGUUUGUGCUGAUUCUGGGCAACACCCUCACCCUGGCUGUUCAGCAUUAUGAGCAGUCUAAACUCUUCACUUCUGUUAUGGAUAUCCUCAACAUGAUCUUCACUGUGGUCUUUACCGUAGAGAUGGUUGUAAAAUUACUGGCUCUUCGGGCUCAUCACUAUUUCAUCGAUCCUUGGAACUCAUUUGAUGCCUUGAUCGUUGUGGGGAGCGUGUUGGAUAUCGCAGUGUCAGAGUUUAGUGGAGGAGGCGGCCACGGAGAGGGCGGCGGUAAAGGUGAAAGUGGAAAAGUGUCCAUCACGUUCUUCCGUUUAUUCCGAGUCUUGAGGUUGGUCAAACUGCUCAGCAAAGGGGAGGGUAUCCGUACACUCCUCUGGACUUUCAUCAAGUCCCUCCAGGCCUUGCCUUAUGUCGGCCUGCUCAUCGCGAUGAUCUUUUUCAUUUACGCUGUAAUCGGCAUGCAGACGUUUGGGAAAGUUGCCAUCGAUGAAAGCACAUCCAUCAACAGGAACUGCAACUUCCAGACAUUCUUCAUGGCUGUUCUGGUGCUCUUCAGGUGUGCCACAGGAGAACAGUGGCAGGAGAUCAUGCUGGCAGCGCUGCCGGGUAGACGCUGCGACCCGGAGUCCGACACUGAGCCGGGAGAGGAGUUCACCUGCGGUAGCAACUUGGCCUACAUCUACUUCAUCAGCUUCUUUAUGCUCUGUGCUUACCUGAUUAUCAACUUGUUCAUCGCCGUCAUCAUGGAUAAUUUUGAGUACCUGACAAGAGACUGGACCGUGCUGGGCACUCACCACCUGGACGAGUUCAAGAGGGUUUGGUCUGACUACGAUCCUGAGGCCACGGGUCGAAUCAAACACAUCGAUGUGGUCACCAUGUUGCGCAGGAUUCAGCCCCCUCUUGGGUUUGGGAAGCUGUGCCCUCAUCGAGUGGCUUGUAAGAGGUUGGUUGCCAUGAAUGUGCCGCUGCACGCCGAUGGGACAGUCACCUUCAACGCCACGCUGUUUGCCCUGGUGCGAACCUCGCUCAAGAUUAAGACAGAAGGCCCCAUUGACCAGCAGAACGAGGAGUUGAAGAUGAUCAUUAAGAAGCUUUGGAAACGCACCAAGCCCAAGCUGCUUGAUGAAGUCAUUCCUCCUCCUAGAGGGGAUGAGGUGACAUGUGGGAAAUUUUACGCCAGCUUCUUGAUCCAGGACUAUUUCAAAAAGUUCCGCAAGAGAAAGGAGAGGGAGAGGAAAUCAAAAAAGAAGGACAAGGCAGCUUCUCUCCAGCAAGGGCUGCGGACGCUGCAGGACCUGGCUCCAGAGAUGCGUCUGGCGAUGGCCUGCGACAUGGAGGAAGAGGAGGCUAUAGAUGGAGAGACGACAGGCGAUGAGGCGUUCGAGAGCGACGCCGGAACCUCCGCAGCCACCACACCGGCCAGCACCCCGAUGCCGCCUAUUGACAUACUCGUAGAGCAAAUGAGUGUGUUUGUCCAUGCCGAGCCCAAGGUGCAGAACGGGAACGUGAUCACAGAGCAAGUGACCAGCCAGAGAGCAGAUUCCCAACUGUCAGGCAUCAGCGUGGUGACGGAGCAGCCGGCACGGUCCGAAUCCUUCCCCUCCAGGGUGGACUCUGUGGAGCUGCCGCCUCCUUCCCCAGGACCAACAGGAGGUGGAGGAGAGUUUUUGGCUUUAGAAACCUUGGCGCCUGCGACAACUGCAGCAGCUGAUCAGGUUUAUUACAGUGAGGUGGAUGCUGCAAGCAUAGCAUCAGACAGCUAUGUGUAUCCAGAGGCUGUCUCUCCUGUACCGACUGAGACCGGCUACAACGGACAGAGCCUGGAAACAGCGAGCAGCUUAGGGGAAAUGACCUAUGGUAACCAUGGUGCCAAUGGUUUGGUUGGGAACGGUUACGAUGGCACCAGCAUGAACGGAGGAAGCGUCGCCGCCAGCCCCAGUCCUUACACGGCAAACGGAUAUAAUGUGAACGGCUACAACGGCUACAGUGAGAACGGCAGCAUCAUCAGCAAUGGCAAUGGCAGCACUAUAAACGAGUUCAAUGGAAACGGUAGCACUGUAAAUGGUUACAAUGGCUAUAAUGGAAAUGACAACGGCGAUAUGCGGUUUGUCAGAAGACGUCUCCUUCCUGCCAUACCCAAAGGUCGUAAACCUUCCUUUAACAUCCAGUGUCUGAAGCCACAGCACAGUGUUGAUGACCUCCCCAUCCCAGGCACCUACCAUGGCAACACAUCUCCAACCAGAUCCCGCCUACAGACGCAGCACAGUCUGGACUCGAGACCCAGCAGCGUGUCCUCAAUGUCUUCGCUCUCCUGGGCCAACACAACAUCAGCCAGAAACAAUACUGCCUCGGGCAUCACUCCCACAGCGCGCAAAGGCAAGCUCAUCUACACUCCUAUGAUUCUUGUGGAUGAAGCCACCGGCACCAGCCAGCCGCUGUGGAGCGACACCUCCAGCAGCCUCCCCGUGGGAACCCGUCCAGGCUGGUACCCUGGGCAGUCCAGAACCUACACCAGUGUGAGGAUGCCACCUGUCAACCAGGGCUUUGUGGACAGAGGCAGUGCAGACAGUCUGGUGGAGUCGAUUUUGAUAUCAGAAGGGCUCGGUGUCUAUGCCAGGGACCCGAAGUUUGUGAACUUUGCAAAGCGAGAGAUCGCCGAGGCAUGUCACAUGACCAUGGAUGAAAUGGAGAGCGCGGCCUCGGAUCUGAUUGCCCGGGGCGCCAGUCAGUCAGUAAGGCGCUUUGAAGAGGAACUGUCAGAUGAAAUGAACUGUGUGAUGUCCUACUGACAACAGCAGAACUGAGGCAACUGUGUGAGAGUAAGGGUUAAGGUUCAAAGAAUAUGUAUUAUGUCAUGUGGUGAGUGUUUGCAUCUGUUGCAUCUGUUGUUUUGGGAGAGGGGGUCUAUUAAACAAGACUUUGUGAGUGCACCUACCUCUCAGAUGUGCAGCACUGGUUCAUUUAAUGAGAGCCUUCAGGGAGCUGAACCUGUGUAGGACUGAUGCAAUACAACUGGGGCACUGAUUUUACAUAAUUUCCAUCUACUAUCUGGCAGAUAAACUUCCCACAGAAAACAAGUUAUCCUGAAAAGUUAUCCUUAAGGUGAUGAGGUUUUGUUUGUGCAUGCCAAAACACACACACACACACACACACACACACACACACACUGAACUAAAGAGCACAUGUCAAACCGUUUCUGUGGCUCAACUAGUGUUAUUAUGAAAAGGUCAAUUUUUUCAUUAUAAUCUCCUUUUGUACUGUACUUGAACUAUCACUUCAUUCACCCCACCCAUACAUGCAGUUGCAGUGAUGGCACAUCAACUGUGCAAAAAUAGAAAACAUUAAGACAACAGUAAAACUACUUUGUCUAUUAUACACAUUAACUCCAGUUGUAAACAUCGAUUGUAAAAACUGAUUUAUGAGUGUCAUAUCAGGAGUAUAUGCAAUGUUCAAUAAAGCUACUAUAGCAUUAGUUAUUUUAGAGAAAUAUUUGAAUAUGCUGAAUAUUGAAUAUCCUCUAAGAUACAACAUGCGAAAUCAGAUACAACACAGCAAAAAUAAAGAGAAUGAAGACUGGGUUGUUGUGACUGCUAACCUGUGUGACAGGUAGACUGUCGUAUAUGGUCAAUAAAAGUAUCAUGUUUUUUCUGAAA